AUGAGUUAUGAUAGAGCUAUAACAGUGUUUAGUCCUGAUGGGCAUUUGUUACAAGUAGAACAUGCCUUGGAAGCAGUAAAAAAAGGAGGUUGUGCAGUUGCUAUAAAAAGUUCUAAUUUCGCUGUUCUGGCAGUUGAAAAGAAGAAUAUACCGAAAUUGCAAAACCCAAGAACAACAGAAAAAUUGAUAAAACUAGACGAACACAAUUGCUUAGCUUUUGCUGGAUUAAAUGCCGAUGCUAGGGUUUUAGUCAAUAAGACUCGAUUGGAAUGCCAAAGAUAUUAUUUAAACAUGGACGAACCUGCACCAGUUGACUACAUUGCGAAAUAUGUCGCGAAGGUUCAGCAGAAGUUUACACAUAGAGGAGGUGUGAGGCCAUUUGGCAUAGCAACGUUAAUAGCAGGAUUUAAAAAUAACAAAGAAAUUUGUAUUUAUCAAACGGAGCCAAGUGGUAUUUAUGCAUCAUGGAAAGCUCAAGCAAUCGGUAAAAAUGCAAAAGUUGUUCAGGAAUUUUUAGAAAAAAAUUAUCAAGAAAAUAUGGAACAGAAUGAAUGUCUUCUUCUUGCCAUGAAAGCAAUAUUUGAGGUUGUUGAAUUAAGCAGUAAAAAUAUAGAAGUCGCACUAUUGACAGAAAAAGAAUUAAACUUUAUUGAUGAACAACAAAUAAAUGCAAUGGUUGAAAUAAUUGACAACGAACGGACGAAGAAGAAUUCGCAGAAUGAAUAA